CAGUGGAAUCGUCCUUCAACUCAAUAUCAAGCUUACACAGUCUGUGAUAUUGCAAACAAAAAAGAAACAAAGAACUGGUUAAUAGCACAGUUCAUUAACAUCAAGAAUGCUAAACGACUCGAUAUUGAAGUGACCUAUACCCUCCUUAACUGCCCCAUAGCUAACGUGGGGCCAUUCUGCAGAACAAACUUCUCUCUGUAUUCUUAUCAUACUGAUUACAAAUUAAAUCCAGAUCCAACAAAACUAAAUUUUAACAAAGAAACUGUUAUAACUCCAAAAACUCUACCUGCGCCUGGGGAGCGCACAACAAACACAUUUUAUGGUUCAGUUUUAACAAAAACAAAGGGAAUUUAUCUAGCAUUAUUAGACCAAGGAGCUUGCUUGUUAUUAAAAAAGUUUGUGUUGAGAUAUCAUUUCUGCUCUGAAACGGUCGCUUUCAAAAUGGUUAGAUUUUCAAGAACAGUUGCCCCAGCAAACGACAGGAAUUUAACCAAACAAGAAGGAGAAUGUACAGAUCCUAACUCGAUUACGAAAUACAACAAAAAGUUGUUUGGCGUGUGUCUUAGUAAUGGGGAGUGGAACAUUACAGAUAACUCAACCUGCCUUUGCAAUUAUGGUUAUGAGUUGACGAAUGGAUCUUUUACAUGCAAAGGUAAGUGCUGCACUUAAAACCUGGAUUUGCCUCCGAAGCGUUAGGUCCAAAACAGAUAUUUAAUCGUUCAAAUGGCUAAACAUCUAAAUGACCACUACAUUUGAUUAUCGUUUAGUAAAAAGCGUAUAGAAGGUUCGAUGCAUAACUUACAUGAAAAUGGACUGUUUGGUCGUACUUCACAUGUUCAUAUAAAUUCAAUCGGUGGACGUAGUUAACUAAAUACUCAAGGACAUAAGAACUGGAAAAGAAGACACCAGGACAAAGAACCUCUUUUUGCAGUUGGUAUUCUCUUGGUUCUGAAGGAAAGGCAUGUUGACGAAAUUUCACAUUGUUUCAUUUUAGAGUGUCAGAGAGGCUUCUAUAAGGAUUCUGUUAGUAAUUCAAAAUGCGUGCCUUGUCCUGCAAAUUCAGCAUCUGAUACUGGCAGAACUGGUUGCACGUGUAAAGAAGGUUACUACAGAUCAUCUAAUCUGGCAGAUUGUGAAGGUAUACAUGUAUAUAUUAGUGUUUGGUCUUGUCCUAAUCGUUGAUUAACAAGAGUCCUAAAGCCUACAGAGGUUCGUUUCGAUUUUGUCUCAAAAGAACAAAAGGCUCUCCAAUGUAACGUUCUACUUAAUGCUUAAAACAUCGAUAGGGAUAUAUGCGUAAUUCCUUCCACCACCAACCCAACAACAGCAUAGUCUGUUUUGGCUAUGAGAGAAGUCUAUUUCCUAGAAUAAUAAAUUUGGAGCAAACAGAGACAAACAAGGAAGCGAAAUCUUUCUGCCAGCUCACCUAAAAGGACUUAACAAGAAACGGGUGGGUAUGCGGGAAAAACAACGCCACUUGACAAAACACUGUUCACGCUGCGAGAGAACUAAGAAAACUGAAACCUAGUGCUAUAACCGAUAAAGAAUAGACAAAGGUGUGUUGCGUGGCAUGUGGCAAUUAAUCGCUUUGCGCAAUAGCUCCCAAAAAGGGAAUAUUAACCAACUGUGCGGUCAAUAUGGCUCUAUAUUGACCGAGUUCUUUCUUUUUUGGUCUCGGUCCUGAAAACACAGAAAAAGAGCAAGGAUAAUAUCCAGCCAUCUUGACCGAACGAACUUGGUCAAUGAAUGAUUAAUUGUAUCGGCGACUUCAUCGCCGACAUUGUCCAAAAAUAACCGCUCCAUGUACUUCUUUCCUUUGCGCGGAAUCAAGGACAACAAUCCCUAACGGGUUUGGCAGCCAGUCAGAACACAGAACACGCUUUAUGUUACUUAUGGGUGCUGCCGGCGCUAUGAAAUAUGUUAUUAUGAUAAAGUAACCUACAUGUAUCAUGCGUGUAAAUGUCAGAAAGAAACCAGACUAGUGUUGCUAAGGACUUCUCUUGAUAGAAAAUCGUGCCCAUUAUUUUCGUAGAAGCUCAUAAAGAGGUGGAAAGGCAUGCUUCCCCUGAAUACUUUAUAAAAUACAGUCCUUUUUGAUGCCAUUUCCAACAUAUUAAGAUCAUAUUCAAUUGAAAAUUUUCUUGGAUAACCCGAUUGUUACAUUUUUUAACCACUCAGUUAAAGCGGUCGCCUCUUGGUCCCUGUUUACAUUUUUGAUAAUGGUAUUUACUUUAAUGCGGGAAAUGAAAUGUUGGUCAUGAUAUCCAAUGGAGUCACAAAAUAUCAACAAGUCUACGUUCAUUUGUGUCUAAUUGCAGUGUCUUUUUAUUCAAAUGUACAGUCAUGGAAAAAGCACUGAUCAACAUAACCAUGGUCAUCACCAGUGAAAGUUGUGCUGAUGGGAAAUACGACAUAUCUUCAUUACUGAAGAGACUCAAGGAAGUGGUAACCAUUUUGUUUAGAGCAAUAUUUCUAUUUAUAUCUUUAAUUCUUUCUUCUAUUUCUGCCGUUGCAGAUCAUACAACUGCAAUUUUAGUUUUUGUUGUCGUUCGAUAAUGGUUGGCCAUAGAGACCUAUUUUAAUAAACUCAAAAAUUCCAAAUGAGCCUGUUCAGCGCUUGCAUGGGCAUGCCAGGAAGGUUUAUAAAAGAGGUUUUUUUUAUGACAAAUUGGUAAUAUUCUUUAGUUUUUUUGUCAGUGAACAUUUAUAUGUUUAUCUAAUUGUGUGUUGGUGUUUAAAGUGCUGGAUGAACUCCUCGAACUCCUGUUCAGUUUCACUUUUCUAUUCCUUCUUUAGAUGGAAGAGGCUUUUGCAUGGAGAUUUGCAGGUUUCAAAAGUGUGCAGUUGAAAAGUAGCAUCAGGUUUUUAAAUUGCCUGGAUCAGCAAAUGAAUUAUAAUUUUCCGGUUUCUAGAGCACUCCGCCUUCUAAUGACCCUCGUUUUUUCUCUUAAUCAAGGUGUGAAAGUAUAACUUUUUACCUUACACUCAUAAUCGAUUCCAAAGUAAAAGAGCAAGAUGUUAUAAUAGUACUUCGUGAUGCUUCCAGAGAUGGGAAGCUUGGAGACUUCACUGUGAGUGCUGUAAAAAGGACAAGAUUGCAAAUUGACUUCGAAACUGGAACUAAUGAAGCAGACACAAUAACGUCACCUGGCAGUAAGCUUUAAUCCUUCGAUACAAACAUUAUAGUUGAUUGGUAGCAGAAAUCUUAGUUCAUGAUAUGCUUCAAUUGGAGUGGUUAAUCAUAAAAUGAGAUUUAAUCACUUUCAAGCGAAACGCACUCACAUUAUGCACGCUGUACAAGUAUAUUCAGUAUCUAGCUGGAACAUUCUUCUUGUUUAUGGUAUCCAUGUUGAUGUACUUGAUUGUAUCGACUUUUUAAACAUCAUACAUACACAUCUUAGGGUCAUUCUUGCUAUGAGUAAUUAUUGUAAAUAUAAGCUUUUAGAUUUCUUCAGGCUGCUGAGUCAUGCUGACUUGCAUACCAUAGAACUUUCCAGAACAUUUCAUCGAGUCACGCAUUUAUAAUAUAAUUUUCUCGUUUCUGGAAGUAAAUGUCGUGAGAACAAUAGGCAUUUUGCCCGAUUCUCUUAUCUCAGCAGAAAGUAAGAAAUUUUACAACACAAUUGUGACGAACUAGAUUAGAAAACAAAACAUUUGGACUCAGGAUCCAACGUAGAUUACGUUACUUUUAAUUCUCACAACACAUAGAGCACAGUUAUGAUAGAGAAAUGAUCGUGAAAGUGCCUGCACGUAAACUUAUAUACUGCAUACAGACUGCUUGAAUCCUAGAAAUGAGCCUCGAAGAGUAAAGAAAAAAACUUUUAUCAAGCUAAGUAGUUAACAACUGUAGUGCAGUGUACACCAAAGAACUUUCAUUCGUUUUGUUGGCUCGUAUUUCAAAGAGUAAGUAAGGUUAGGGUAUGGGUGGAAAAACUACCUGUAAUUUAGUUCUCAUACUUAGUUGAACCCCUUCUUCUAGGUAACUUGUCAGGAAUUAAAUAAAAAGUUGUAUAAGUAGCAAGAGGCAUCAUGACUAAAACGGUUAAGCGGAGGAUUGCCAUAAUUUAGUUUAAGGAGGCAUAUAUUUCAUAUGUUGUUCAACUCUUGUUUUUAAGGUGCCACAGGGAUCACUGUUAGUGUAGUGGUUGGAUCAAUUGCCGCGCUGGCUGUUGCUGCUGGGAUAUUUGUCUUUUUCGUAUGGAAGUGGAGAAAGAACUCAAAUGGUAAGAGUAGUAUUAAUGUCAACAAUAGCCCCCAAAAAAGUCGCGUAGUAUCAAGCAACUGAAAACAGUUUAUGUUUUUUAUAGCCUCGUCUUAAAAUAAGGCAGGUUACUGGAUUUCGAAACAGUUCUAAUAAAUCCCUUUAAAAAAACAGAUUUUUGGUGUCCAGCACCGUUAUAAAAGAUGUCAUGAAAUUAUUGGAUCGCUUACAAACUGAAUACUCUAAACUUCUAAGGUUCCCUGAAACAAAGGUGGCAAAUGUGCGAUGAAAGAACAUUCAAGAAAAAACAACUAGAUUCCACCGCAAAAAACACUGAACAAAAGGAGUACGAGAAAGUGUCCACAUCAAUUUUCAGUGUAAAGGUUUAAGUCUGUGGAAGCCAGAAUACCUGAUAUUGUGAAAUAACGCGCAACGCGCGCGAAUACUAUAAGAUGUAGUUUGAGAAUCAGAAACAGUUACGUGGCACGCGGACCAGAGUGUCACUGAAGCCCCUGAGUGUUUAGGUGAGGCUGGAUGAACACGGAAAAUCUCCUCUAUGAUCUGUUGACUUGAUGAAAUAUACACAUAUCCAAAAAUUUAUGACCGUGAUUAUAUGCUCUCGUUUGAUCGGGUUCUAUAACUUUAUAAUUUCAAUUAUAGCCCUAGACUUGGCGACCACUUUCAACUUAAAUGGUCCAUGUGUAAAAUGAAGUACAUGUCAGAAGACAUUAUUCUGCGUUGCCUUUGAAUUGUUUGUUACUUUCUCUUUCUAUACUUUUCGAGAUGGUUUUCUUUGCUAUCUUCUCACUGUACGUUUUUCAUGUUUUUCAUACUUUUUUCUUUUUUAUCGUUUUAGAAACAGGAAGAAGAGAGAGGUGAGAUUUUUAGAAAGACAUAGAAUCGUCCAAUUUCCUGUCUUGUUUUUGAUACCAGUUGUAAACUGCGUACAACUGUGAAUUUCAAGCAUGGAUUAUGAUAGCUACGCUUAGCGAAAGAGCUUCAUCUAGAGUCAAUUUCCCAGAGCAUCCGUAACGUGAUUUCUUUAAAACUAGACGAGACACGAGACCUUUUGAGAAUUGAGUAUUCAGAUAUAAUAAUCUUUUCUGAGAGGCAGUCCACUCAAUGAAAGGCACAGAUGCCUGGCUCUUAAUGUUUAUGAAACCUUUUUUGAGCCAAUACAGCAGCGCAAAAUGUGGCAUGUUGUCACUAAUCGUUUCAUGACUAAUACUUCUGUAGUGCCUAGAUUGUGCUUUCCCAGCUAAAUAAAUCGUCAACGUGCUUCUUCGAUCGAAAAUGUGAUUUUCUUUUUAUACUUUUUAGGACAGACAGAGAUACAAUUGAGGAAACAGGGGAUGUUGUUGUAAGUCCCUGGAAGAUUUUAACUCCUAACCUUAUUGUGGUACAAUACAGUAUUUAAUUUUUUUUAAGAGGGCACGGUAACGAAUCCUUCAAUCUGAUUGCUUCUUAAAGCAGUCCGGAUUUUCCUACCUCUGCCAAUGGGCACAGUAACGCUUUCGUGGAUCGCGGAGUACAUUCCUAGCUUCGUUGCAAUUUUUUUCAUAAAUAUAUGUUGUUUUAACGGAUGAGCAGCAAUUUUAAGCACAAACUUCUAAAUUUAUUAAUAAUUAUUUGCUCCCUCGUUCUCAAAUCAAUUUGUUCGCUUGGAUUACUGUUCCGAAGUUUGCAUAGAAGUCUUCUAAAUCACCGUUAUCAUUACGCAAAUAGAAAUGUUCGGUAAAGCCUAAAUCAUUAAGUUAUCUCCUUUACUUUCUACUCGCUAAGACAUUGUUCAGUUUAUAGAGGAUCUUCCCAUAAUUACAAGCACCUUAAGGUUUAAGGAAAAAAUAAAAACGUCACAUACUAGCCUUUUUCGGUCCGUAUUGGGAAAGCCUAUGCCCUCUGUCUUGACUGAGAGCUGGUGGAUAACACAUAUGUACUUUGGCAGAUAUUGGGGAUCUCAGUUUAUGUUAUUCUCCAUUUCAAUUGCGUAAUUACUAUACAAAAACACUUUAAAUAACAUCACUGGAGCUUUAUUUUCUUUUUUUUGGCACGAUAUGUUUUGUGUCUUUGGAUAAAAUGUGCUGUGUCGACAAAGUCAUUUGCAUUUGAUGAAAUUAUUUAUUACCAGCAACAGUUUGUCUAUUAGUCUUCACUUAUUCCGUGUUCGUAUCUGUACCACGCUCGCUCUUCAAUAAUGUUAUUUUAUAAGAUGCUUGUCAAGUACAUUGUACAACUGAUGGCAGAGACGAUGCUCAACACCACCACAAAUCAGAAUGAUCAUCAGUGUAAUCUGUAGGAAGCAGAAGAACAAAAUUGAAAGUUUAAUACGAGCCAGCACCUUUUCUUUUUUUUUUGUCUUUUACUAGCGCACUUCCAGUAACAACUCCCAAAGAAUGGAAGAUAGUGUCAUAAGUGGUCAUGAAAUUCCUACAGGAAACAGCCGAAGAAAAAUUAAUAUUUGAUACGAGCUAGCACAUUUUCUUUUUUUAUUUUUUAUAUAAUUAUAAUGAUGGUAUUAUGCAACACAUUCGCAUGAAAAUUGUUAACAUGAACUACGGAAUGAAAAAAAGGUAGAUUUGAAAAACUUUCCGCCGUAGCCCUAGCUAAUGAUUCCUUUUAUUAUUUCAAACUCAAAAGACUGGACUUGAGAUGGCGGAAGCUUCUCAAAGCCACCAGUAUAUGGCAUUGGAUGAGUGGAAUCGGUCACCGGCGAACUGUCCACAACCGAGCCAGUCUGUCACUGAAUACACCUCUAUAUAUUCAUCACCAUGCUGUUGGGAGAUUCCGACAGAGCUUGUGACUCUAGAAAAGGUCGUUGGUGAAGGGGCUUUUGGUCAGGUUGCCAAGGCAACAGUCAUAGGUCUCCAGGGGAAACCAACGAAAACACUUGUGGCUGUUAAGAUGUUGAAAGGUAUCAAAUACUUCAAAUACUUAGAUGUGCUUCAAUGAAAUUCCGAAGGUAACACUCCCCUGGAAAAACUCAACCUUAGGCAGGUAGCGUCAAAAGAUUCAGCCUUCUUUUCAAUUCUGAAGGUAGCAAGGCAAGCCCAAUCUCCCCCCACAACCCCUCUUAAAUGGGGAGAGUAGGGUUCAUUUAGUAGUAUAUCUAUUCUAUCUAUUCUUCAAUCAGCAGUCAACUAAACGGGACCUCAGUUAGUUGAGCAGGAUCGUGAGGUAUCAAACAGACCAUGAAUAAAUAUGGACGCGAUCCUCGCAGUUAUGAACACCAUUUAAGUAGUAGUGAAAAUAACGCCCGAAAAAAAUUCAGGCCUGUACGGGCCUUAUUUUCUCUUUUACUUAACUAGUGUUCAUAACUGCCAGGAUCGAUUUCAUAUCCAGAUCGUUUCCUCAAACGUAGUUCAUAUGUAUAAUUUUCAUAUAUUUACAGUCAUUUAUAGACCAUGAAUGAGUUGACCAGACCUGCGUAAUUGAGAAAUGACACGACGAGCUUCUCACGUGGUCUCAGCAUGGAACUUGCUGGUGCAGCGCCCUCUGAUAUCAGAAGUCGCACAAUUUUCUUACAAAUUUAUCAGAAGAACUAUGUCUUUUCCCGAAAGAACAUAACGACAGAGACAUUUAUUUGUAGAGAAUUAAAUUCUCGCCAACAAUCGACACUCCUCCCUCCCACCUUUUCAAAAGUAGCAAACCUCAAAGACUGCUUUUCCGAAUUCAAAUUGACAUAAGGAUGGUCCCUUUCAACAUAAAACCUCAGCGGGAAAAGGAAGAAAUGUCUCUGUUAAGCGUAUGCCGCUUAGCAAUUGUUUGGUAGAAAUCUUACGCUAAUUAAAUUCAAUAUCAUUAAAGCAUGGUGAUACUGGUAUAGCAGUGGAAUGAAGGGUUUUGUUGUUAUAUUUGACGACUGAGAUUGAUGUUUGAAAUUUAUAGAAAUUUAUAUUUACUUGCAGAGUAUUACAGUCCCAAUUCAGUCCGUAUUUUUGAGCUUUGCACACGAGCUCCAAAGAUAAACUUGUAUAAGAUAUUUCACGACAAUUACUAUUUCAUAACUUUGUGAUUUUAGAUAGGAUGUUCAAUCACUAAACAACACGGAGCUCAAAGUUCGGAAGAAAAUGUGCCACUUAUUUUGAUUCAGCAAGUCAGAGAAUAUCAACUGAUAUUUUCUGAGGUCCAGUUACUGAUAUUGUUUUUAAAGGUAACAGCUGUUGGGUGAUCAUCUUGCAGAUCACGCUUCUGAGUCGGACAGGAAGGACUUGUUGUCCGAACUUCGAUUGAUGAAGGAACUCGAUGCUCAUCCUCAUGUUAUUAAACUUCUGGGAUGUGUCACGAAAUCUGGUAAAUAUGGAAAAGUGUAAUUUAAUCGCCUAAACAGCCAAAACAAAGAGCAGAUCUAUUGCUCAAUAUAGGCAUAUUUCCCUGUUUACCAUGCUUUACAGGGCCAUUGAUGGUGUUGAUUGAAUACGUACCCUAUGGAGAUCUACUGGGAUACCUCAGAAAGAGUCGUGGAUUAAAUGAUACUUACUUCGAAGACCCGGAUAUCAAACCACAGAGUAAUCUGACGUCAGAGCAGCUGAUGAAGUUUGCGUGGCAAGUUGCCGAUGGAAUGUCGUAUUUGUCAUCGAUACCAGUAAGUAGGAACGCAAUCUCUAGUUACUAAACUGUUUCUUUGGCAUAUGUUGCUGAAAUAUGACAUAAGUCAUUACUUUUCAUUCUUUUCGUUCAAUUAUUCUGGACCUCUCAAUUUAUUAACAUUAAUGAUUUUUUUUAAUUGUCGUAGAUUAUCCAUCGAGACCUUGCCGCUCGUAAUGUGUUGGUUGGAAAAGGAGAAACGUGCAAAGUAACAGACUUUGGUAUGGCCAGAGACGUCAAAGAGGAGAGCAUUUAUCAACGGAAGUCUAAGGUACCAAAUUUGUUCACUUAGCUAGAGAUCUGUGAACAGUCUGCUAUGGGUGAAGUUGUACUUAUCCUUGAUCAUGAUCUUUUCCUCAGUUUUGUCGACCAAUUCUAUGUGUUUUUAAUUUAGAGACGUCUUCCCGUUAAAUGGACUGCCAUUGAGGCAUUGCUGUACGGAAAAUAUUCUACAAAGAGUGAUGUGUGAGUACAAGGGCUUCAUAAGGUCCAUAAGCAAAUUGGGUAAAGUGAUUGGAUGUCUAAUGUAUGUUAUGCUUCGUAUUUCUUAAAUUGAUGUGGAUAUGUGGAGGCAUCCUAUUUAGAAGGGGUGGUAAUACCCCUUCUGGCUUUGAGUUAUAAGUAACGGUCCAGGUCCCGCUCCUAUUACAAGUCUAGUGUGCUUCCCACGGUGUUUUACCGAAGAUAUUUAAUUCACCUUUUUUUUAACAGUACGGACCAGAACGUUUAUUUCCUUUAAUGCAUCUCGUUUGUUUUACAGAUGGAGCUACGGAGUUCUCCUCUAUGAGAUCUUCACGAUUGGUAGGUCGCGAGAUUAAUAACCAGACCAUUAACUUUAGCGUCAACGUGUCAACGAAAGUGGCAUUUGUGUUGACUCGUGGUCAUGAAGUAAGCAUGGUGUACCAUUCUCUGAGGAAUUCAGUUUUGCCUUUGUGUUUUGUACCUGCCAGGCCACCUUAGAUUGCCUCAGUCGCUGAACUUAUUGGAAAAAACAAACAAACAAACAAACAAACAAACUAGGAACAAUGGUACAGGAAUUAUAUUGUAAAAAUAUAUUUACAAGUGUCAGGCCCUUGAAGUGUAUUUAGAGUACCCGCUUUAUUUUAGGUGGUUCACCGUAUCCAGGGAAGGAUGCAAAAAAAAUGGCAAAGUUGCUAGAGAGGGGAUACAGAAUGCCUAAACCACAACAUGUGGAUGAGAAGUUGUAUGAAAAGAUUGUGUUGUUGUUGUUGUUUUCUUUGUACGUUCUUAUAGCGGUAACAUUUAUUUGAAAAGUUCUUCUCGUGAAAGUUGCGUGUGCAGCUCAAAAUUAAACCUGUUUUUCUUCCUGAAUGAGCUAACCUAGGGGAAAUAUUGGAAUGAGUCAAUGAUCACGAGUUUGUCUCUUGUGUUCAGUAAAGAAAGGAACAAACUUUCCUACUGUAUAUUGCAACAUUUUGUGCCUAACAACAUCCUAACUGAGGGCAAUAAGAACGUAUACUGAUAUAUCCUUAACGUCUUUGUGUUUCAGGUAUGACAUAAUGACAAACUGUUGGAACGACGACCCUAACUUGAGACCAUCUUUUGAAAAUCUGAGGAAAGAACUCAAAGAAAUGGAAAACCAGCACAAGGUAGAUUUGUAGAGCUAAUUUUGAUCGUUUUAAGUUCCAUCUGGCUUACGCAGGGUGACUUAAAAACGCAGAAUAUCGUCUACUUCAGGGUAGCAGAUUUUGGAUAUUAUAGUUUAUUAUGAAAAUUACGGAAGUUUCAAAGCUACUUUACUUAAAUAUGAGGUAAGAAUGAUAUAACAGGAUUCCACCCAGUGUCCUUGCACAAGUUCCAAAGCUUGUUCACAAAACACGGAAGGGGAGUAUGUUUUGUUCCUAGAAUGAAAACCCAAAGUAAAUGCAAAGUUGUAUUGAGUUAAUACCAGUGUAGUGCUUCGAACCUUUCGUUUAGUCUCCAGAGAGGUACACUACAAUAUUCCUUAGCUUUUUCUUUAUUCUUUUCUGAUAUCGAAAUUUAGAAUCUACCACUGUCAAAUGCAUGUAAUAAUUGUGUGACUACGAGGUGUUCGAGCGUUGCAGGUCUAUUUUAUUUUCGUUAUUUCCAAGUAUAUUUUCAUCAUCAACACGCUCUUUACGAAGGACGAAAAGUCAGUCAACACUUUUUUUUCUGCAGGGGCUGAUAAACUUAAGCAAUUACGACGAUCGACUCUACGUUAAUGUUGACGAUCUUGCUGUGUAA